UUUCAAUGACUUUUACAAAUAGUAAAAAUUUAUACAAUAAGUCAUCAUUAGAGAUGCUCUAAUUAUUGGUUUUGUUCAAAUCCAAUCAAGCAUCCUCCUCAUCAAAAUAUAAUUGAGGGAGUAGAUAGUCUGAGGCAAUAGUAGUUUAAUUAUUGAAGUCCAAACUCUAAAGUAGCCUCUGUCCUUAAAUCUAUAUCAAAUCUGUAAAUAGUGCGAUGAAAGAUGGUCAAUCUUAUUAUUUAACAUAUACAUUCCAUAUCCUUUGACAUAUUUAUAAACCAAACAAGAUUUUUCAAAAUAAUGGAUUUCAAUUGCAUUCGAAAUGCCAAACACAUCACCUAUUUCAAAUUCUUCCAGUUCCACAAAAACUAUCCUGCCAUCCAAAUUCCCCCAUACCAUAAUCCUUGUUAUUUCAGUUUUUCAUCAUAUGAUCUUUAACUUAGUGGCAUAUUUCGUGUUCAAUCAUGCAGGAGAACUUUUUGGUGUUAAUUCACUCAUCUAGUCAUGUUUGUUUUCUAAAGAUAUUGUGAUAGGAAUCAUAGAAACGUAUCCUCUUUUUUGACCAAACAAAAUUAAGACUAUUGUGAUAAGAAUCAUAAAAUGAUAAGAAAUCUUAUCCUCUUCUUUGACCAAACUAGUGGCUUCUGUAUUCUUGAUAAAACUAUUGUUUUCUUUAGUAUGGAUGUUCAUUCUUUCCUUGCAAUCAUUUCGCAUAAACUUUCAACAGCAAAGAUAUUAUUUAUCGAAUCCUUCAAGCGUACCUUCAAUGGUGUCUUCUUCAACUUCAUCCAUUCAGAAGAGCUUUAAAUAUGAUGUAUUUAUAAGUUUUAGAGGUUUAGAUACUCGUAAGAACUUCGUUGAUCAUCUUUAUCAUGCUCUUAAGCACACAAGCAUUUACACUUACAAGGACGACGAGAGGAUCACGAGAGGGAAAAGGAUCAGUGAUGAGCUGAUUGGAUCCAUUAAAGACUCAAAAUUUCAUAUCAUUGUUUUUUCCAAGAACUAUGCUUCUUCGUCUUGGUGCCUCGAUGAGCUUGUGAAGAUAAUGGAGUGUCACAAAACGAAUGACCAUACUGCCUACCCCAUCUUCUAUGAUGUGGAACCCACGGAAGUCCGCAACCAAAGUGGGGCAGUUGGAGAAGCCUUUGUGAAACAUGAAAAGGAAGAGGAUGCGAGGAAAUGGAGACAGGCUCUGAAAGAAGCAGCCGAUCUGGCUGGGUGGGAGUUGAAAAACACUGCUGAUGGGCAUGAAGCUAGAUUCAUCAAAAAAAUUGUCGAAGAGCUUUCACUAGAAUUACGUUCCAUCAACUUCAGCAUUGAUGAAAAAUUAGUAGGCAUGGAAAUCCGGAUCAAGGAUGUCAUGUCAUGUUUAGCAACUGAUAUUGAUGAUGUUCGCAUGAUCGGGAUUAAGGGGAUGGGAGGUGGUGGGAAGACAACUUUGGCCAGAGCUGUUUUUGAUCAAAUAUCCUUUCAUUUCGAAGGUAAAAGCUUCAUCGACAAUGUUAGGGAAGUUUCAAAUGCUUCUUUGUCCGGUUUGAAGUCUUUGCAAAGUCAAGUCCUUUCAGAUGUCUUAAAUGACCAUUGUAUCUCUAUAACUAGUGUUCAUGAAGGGAAAAACAAGAUGAAGCAGAUUAUGCGUGAUAGAAAGGUUCUUGUUGUACUAGAUGAUGUGGAUCAUAUAGACCAACUUGACGCGUUAGCCGGUGAGCCUGAUUGGUUUAAGGAUGGAAGCAGAAUUAUCAUCACAACAAGAGAAGAGCAAGUGUUGGUAGCACACAGGGUGAACGUGAUUCAAAAUGUCAAUCUUUUAUCGUAUAAGGAAGCAAUUUGCCUCUUCAGUAGAUAUGCAUUUGGGAGAGAGAUUCCAACUGAAGGAUAUGAAGAGCUAUCAAGAGAAGUUGUUCGGUACGCUGCUGGACUUCCCUUAACGAUUAGAGUUUUGGGUUCGUUUCUCUGUGGUAAAAGUGAGCUUGAAUGGAUAGAUGCCCAAGAAAGAUUAAAAACAAUUCCAUUAACAGAAACUAUGAAAAAGUUAGAAUUAAGCUAUAUCGGUCUAGAUGAGGAUUACAAAGAAAUAUUUUUGGAUGUUGCAUGCAUACUGCAAGGUUGGCGAAAGGAAAAUGCCAUUGAAUUCCUUGAAAGCUGUAGAUUUCAUGCUAGAAACGGUUUAAAAGUUCUUGAACAAAAAUCUCUCAUAAAUACUACUCUUGAUUUUGAGUAUGUGAACAUGCAUGAUCAUAUUAAAGAACUGGGGAGAAAUAUUGUUCGUCGUUCACACCCCGAUAAACCUAACAAACAUAGCCGAUUGUGGAUCAAAGAUGAAAUUGAAGAUAUAUUGGUUAAUGACUUGGGUACUAAAGCAACAAGACACAUACGACUCUGGUCGGGGUCGCGGAAACUCAAUCCAGAAACUGUUUUGAAGGGUCUUAGAAUGACAACCGAACUUAGAUCUCUUCAUCUGUCUCUGAGAUAUUUUGAUGCAAGUAGAAGUGGUUGUUUUAAUUGUAAUUGGAAAUUUAAUCAUACCAGCCCAUACCUUCCAAACACUUUACAAUAUCUGUUCUGGAACGGGUACCCUUUUAGGUCUUUACCAGAAACAUUUCAAGCAUAUAAUCUUGUUGGACUUAAUUUGAUGAGCAGCAGAAUGGUACAACUCUGGGAAGGUGGAGCAAAAAAGGUUCUUAACAAGCUAAGAUUCCUUCGCCUCAAUUGCUUAAAGUUGAGGACACUUGACCUUGGGCUGGCUCCAAAUCUCGAAACAUUGACUGUUGGAGAAUGCCGUGACUUGUUAGAACUUUACAUGCCUGUUGCAUGUCCGAAGCUUAAGUCCAUCGACCUUUCUGGUACUAAGUUGAGGACCCUUGACCUUGGGCCGGCUCCAAAUCUCAAGGUGUUGAUUCUUAAUGAAUGCAGAGAUUUAGUAGAACUUUACAUUCCUCACGGAUGUUUGAAGCUCGAAAACCUCAACUUCACGAGGUUAAAGUUGAGGAUCCUUGAACUCGGGUCAUCUCCAAAUCUCGAGGCGUUGAGUCUUUAUGAAUGCAAAGAUUUGAUAGAAUUUCACUUUCCUGACGGAUGUGUAAAGCUCAAAUACAUCAACUUUACAAGGACAAAGUUAACAUCCCUUGACCUUGGGCUGGCUUUGAAUCUUGAGAUAUUGAUUCUUGAUGAAUGUGAAGAUUUGGUAGAACUUCACAUGCCCAGUCGAAGUGUGAAUCUCAUAUCCUUACUACUCAAUAAUUCGAAGUCGAGGACUCUUGACAUUGGGUUGAGUCCAAAUCUCGAGCACUUGAAUCUUAAUAAUUGUUAUCAUCUGGAAGAACUUAACAUGUCAGACGAAUGUCAAAAGCUUACAUCCCUCGAGAUUAGACAUUCAAAACUGAGGACACUUGACCUUCAGCUGACUCCAAAUCUGAAGAAGUUAGACCUUAAAGAAUGUCAUAAUUUGGUCAUACAUUCCCAUUCCAUUAAAGGUCUAGAAAAGCUUGUCUACUUGAACUUAACUGGUUGCUUGAGUUUUGGAUCUUUUUUGUUUGAAACUACGGAUUAUGGUACUUCUUGUACUGUAGAUGAAUCACUUGAGGUGGGUCCUUUAGCUGAGCUACAUCUUGUUGCUGAGUCCCUAGAAAGAUGUCAAUUUCAUCCCGACAAUAGUUUGCCAAAGUUUGAGUUUGCAUGUUUUUAUAAAGAAAAUCGACACUUACUGACUGGAAAUCUUGAAAAGCUAGUUUCGAUAGGUCUGUGUGCUUGCACAAACCUUGAGACAUUUUCACAAAGCAUUUGUGGGUUACAACAUUUAAGAAAGCUUAUACUCAAAGGCAAUAUUCCAGAGGCACCCAGGGACCUUAACCAGUUAGAAUGUUUGGAAGAGCUAACUUUGUUGUCUACAGAUAUUAUCCGUCUUCCUGAUAGCAUUUGCAUGUUGAAAAAUUUGAAAUCUCUCGAACUUAUAUCUUGUUGGUGUCUUGAGAAGUUACCUGAGGAUUUUGGCCUAUUAAAAUGUUUAGAGGAGCUACAUUUGUCAUGUACAAAGAUUAAACAUCUUCCAGAUAGCAUUUGUAUGUUGAAACAUCUUAAAUAUCUUGAACUUGUUGAAUGUUUGUUGCUUGAGAAGUUACCUGAAGAUGUAGGCCGAUUAGAAUGUUUAGAGGAGCUGACUUUGUCAUCUACAAAGAUUGAAUAUCUUCCGGAUAGCAUUUGUAUGUUGAAACAUUUGGAAUCUCUCGAACUUAAUCAUUGUUUGUUGCUUGAGAAAUUACCUGAGGAUCUUGGCCAAUUAGAAUGUUUAGAAAAGCUAAACCUAAUGGAGUGCAAAAUUUUACGAGGUAUCCCAAAUAGCAUUUGUAAGAUGAUAUGUUUAAAGGAGUUGGAUCUACAAGAUACAAAUAUCAGAAAUCGAAAAUUUCUGCUAUGUAGAGGUGUGAAUAACACCACCACCCACAACCGGAUUCUCCUGCAACCAAGAACUAUUGUAACAGUCUGGAUCUAGAUCAAUGAAGAGGCAAGCAAUGAAGUCUCGAAAGAGGUGCAAAAAUACAAUAAGGCAAGUUUGGACAGCAAGGUUAAAGCAGAGACUGAAAUUAUCAAAAUAUUUUUGGUUGUGUCGAUGAUGUCUUCAGUCACAUCAGCCAUAGAUUAAGCGUAUUGUAUGAUUUUCACAGUUGGGCUUUCAAAGUGCGUGAUGUAAUACUUUUGGAAAACAAUUUGCGAUUGUUGGGUUAUCAAUCUUUUGCAGCUAGCGGUGAAGCUCUUGCCACAUGUCCAUUCUCAGCAUUCUUACGCAUGUGACUUACGAUUUUUUUUUUUAAAUUGUGGCUGAUAUAAUUAUUUUUUGCACCUAAUAUAAUGUCCGCAUCUGAAUAAAUAACUGUUUUACCCUCUUGCAUUAGUAAAAAACUAGCUUAU